AUGACUUAAUAUAUUUGAGUACAUACCUGAUACCUUCCAAAUCUCUAGCCUCAGAGUCAGAGCUGCCUUUCCUUGAGAGAGAGCCAAAAGACUUGGCAUAUAAUUUCUUUCUUUCAAUUCUGACAGCAAAACCAAAAAAUACCUCUUCUUGGGUCUGCAGAUUUUCCCUGCAGUUUAUAUAGAGAGCCUUUAGAAGCACAGAAAGGUGGGGAUGCUGAUGGCAGUUAUGUGCAAGGGUAGCUUUUCCUUGGCAUUCCUUCUGGGUUUCACAGUAGAUAUUGUCUGCCUUCUCUGUGAAACACAAAAACUCCUAGUUCAGUUCAGUUCAGUUCCUUCUUUCCCACUUCUGAGAAUGUGAAUUCAGUUAUAGAUAGCAGACUUGUUUGAAGAAGGCAAGCUUCACUGUUUUGAUAUAAACUAAGCUGGAACUUAGCUGGUGGAUUACCGAAUGAGAAAUUCGUCGUUGAAUGAAUGAAUGUAUGUCCUAAAUUGCCUCGGAAAACUGAAGGCAAGGGUCUGCAAAUCGUCGCGAAGGAUUCAAGAAACGGAAUGAAAGCUCGGAUGGUAUAAGAUUUUUUUGGGGUUUCUGGAUUAAAGAGAAGAGGUAGAAAUGUCUGCCAAGCUUCCGCAUUCGUUAAUGGAUGAAAACCCAGAUUUGCAGAAGCAGAUCGGGUGCAUGAGUGGAAUAUUUCUGCUGUUCGACCGCCGCUAUUUCCUCUCCAGCGGACGCAUCACAAGCCACAACCACAAAAGACUACCUCCAGGUCAAAGUGGCGACAAUGGAAUGGAACCGAACAGUAACAGUAUCACUCCAAAAGCCAGAGAAAAACAACACCUGGAGAAGGGCGUAAAGGAGAAGCGAAGGGUCUCAUCUGAAUCAUCCACGACCUCCUUCUCAUCCUCCUCUUGUUCAUCUACCUUCUCCUCAGUGGAUCGUAGUAAAACAGCUCAACUGGAACAAUCUUCCUUUGAACACAGCAUUUUCCCCAGAAAUCUGUCUCAAAUCCCACCCACCAAACAUCCAGAUCCUUCUCCGCACUUAAGGCAGCAAUCAACUGAUCUCCGUGAUGUUGUUAAGGACUCGGUAUGCAAAGAAACAAACGAGUUAUCAGUAAAGACUACCACCAAAGCUAAAGGAGUUUCGCGUGUCGUGAAGAAUGUAGAUUCCCCAAGGCCACCAAAGGAUGCUCCCCGAUUCUCCUAUGAUGAAAGGGUAUCGCGAGAUCAGUGGAAAUCUGCCACGAAGCUAAAAGAGCUCCCCAGACUAUCAUUAGACAGUAGAGAGAGAUCCUUCAGGAAAUUUGUCAAUGGGACUGUACCAAACAAUAUUUUAGACAACUCAAAGCAUGAAAAUGAUAUUUCGAGCCAAUCCAUGGACCUACACCAAGAGACGCGUAGCAACAAAAAACCGUCUAGUGUGGUUGCAAAGUUGAUGGGAUUAGAAGCGUUUCCAGACUGCAAUGAUCAGAUAAGGGAGGUAAAAUGCCGCAGUGAUGAGGAUCUUGGUACAAGGUCCACCUCAUCAAGAAAAGCAGAUGAAUGCACGUACAAUAAAGCUUUUAGGGCUCCAAAAUCAAGAUUUCCACUAGAGCCAGCUCCUUGGAAGCAGCCAGAAAGGAAUCGAGGUUCCAACAUAAAGGCCCAAAAUCCAAGCACUUCUGUCUACGGAGAAAUGGAGAAAAGGGUGACGGAACUCGAGUUUAAAAGAUCUAGCAAGGAUCUCAGAGCUCUUAAACAGAUACUUGAAGCGAUGGGAAAAACUGAGAGGAUAGAAAAUGGAAAGGAAGACGAUGCGUCAGAUUUGAAGCCUCAAACAAGCAACAACUCAAAUUAUCUCAACCUUCAUAAGAGUACUCCCAUUCCCAAGAAGGGUCAUCUGAAGAAAUUUGAAUCCUCUGCUCAGACCAUCAGAACAGUGGAAGUUGUUCAGAAACCCAGAAGUUUAGGUUCUUCUACAAUCCCAAUAGAGAAUAUUUCAGGACACCACAAACUCCACAUCAGAGAUGGUGUAGACCAAAAAGCCAAAGAUCUGACUCCAAGAAAGCACCGUUUUCUAGAACCUUCUUCCCGUCCAGUUAAUUCCAUGGAUAAGAGAAGCAACUCCAGAACAUUCAAAUCGAUACAGAUUUCAAAGGCACCUCAACAUAGAAGUGGAGGAAAUCCUGCUGGCUCAGCGACGAGUUCAACAACUGUGAGUCCUAGACUUCAACAGAAAAAGCGAUCUCAACCAACCACACCGACGCCUGAUUCAAGCAGGUCCAGAAGGCAUUUGAGUAAUACACGAAGAGUAUCAAGGCACUUGAGUCACCAAGGCGAUGCAAUUUCAGAACAAUCAGACAGCAAUUUUAGCUUGGCCUCACAGAGUGAUAUAGAAGAAGUCACAAGCACUGAUAGAUCGAAAGAAAGUAAUGGUUCAUACCAGCACAAGGACCGGAAGAAUGAAAUAGCAGCAAGGUCGAUUAAAGACAGAUCAAAUGGUGAACCUACAACAGCAACCUUGGAACAACCAAGCCCUGUGUCUGUUCUUGAUGCUACAUUCUAUGGAGAAGAAUCACCUUCGCCUGUUAAGAAGAUAUCAAAUGCAUUCAAAGAGGAGGAGACUCAAAAUUUGGAUGAAGCAGGAUGGAGUUUGGUGGAUCUAGAUCAUUCGCUGAACAGCACGAGACCCAAUCUCAGCCCCCAGUUUAAUCAAGAAAAAUUAGAAAGCAUCAAAUACUUGGUUAAUAAGCUCAGACAAGUGAAUUCUCAACAUGAUGAAGCUUCCACAGAUCACAUAGCAUCUCUUUGCGAGACCAAAAAUCCACAGCAUAGGUACAUUGCUGAGAUUUUGUUAGCUUCAGGAAUACUCCUCAAAGAUCUAGGCUCCAGCCCAACAAUCAUUCAGCUUCACCACUCAAGCCUCUUGGUCAACCCGAGUUUGUUCCAUGUCCUGGAACAAACCAAAGGCAGGAUCGACCAAUCAAACUUCAGUGAGAGAAUCCAAAAAAAAUUGAUAUUUGAUGCUGUAAAUGAGAUUCUCUUCUGCAAAUUCACUUCAGCAGGUUUUGAUGACCCACGGAUCUCUCUAAACCAACUGGUAGUGAAAAACCUCAGUGGACGGAAGCUUCUGAAAGAAUUGUGUUCAGAGAUGGAUCGUCUGCAAGCUAACUCUGAAUGCAGCUCAGUUGAUGAGGAUGAUGGUUUGAUAAACAUCUUACGCGAGGAUAUGAUGCAUCAAGCACAAAAUUGGGCAGACUACCAUAAGGAGGUUCCCGGGGUAGUAUUAGAUAUUGAGCGCCUGAUCUUUAAAGACCUCAUUGGUGAAAUUGUGAGAGGCGAAGACGCUAGGUUGCAAAGGUGGCCAACCAAGCACUGAAGUCAAUCUUUCUCCAUGUAGUAGUCACAUAUUUUUAAUUUUAUCCUACUCAUAUUUUGGUUCCGUCUUGUUCCCCAUUUUUUGGGUAAAAGCAUAGGGAUUAAUGGAUGAUAACUGCAUAUCCUUUCCUGCGUGUAAAGAAAAGUUUUCCUAGUCCUAGACUCCUAGGGUGUAUAAUGCAAAGUUUAUUAUGGUCAAUGACACCACCAUUUUUAUAUACCACUUCAGUUUUCAAUUUUCA